UGACUGCAAUCUCGGUACCGGCUGACUACCUACCCACACAGACACACACACGGGUCGUCUCUGCUGCAGAUUGCACUUUGAACAUUUUUCCUCUUCACUUUGAGUAAAGUCCCGCUUGGUACCGGAGAUGGUUCGGGCGGCUGUGGUUGUUCUAAUAUCGGUCGUGCUGUCCAGUGUGUCGGCCGGAGUGUUUUUCAACAAGAAGCAGCCGUGUUAUGUCCGUAAACCUAGGACAAACAACUUUGGUCUGAGAACCACACCUCGACCUCAUGAGUAUUUAAACAUUUCUGAUCUGCCCAAGUCAUGGGACUGGAGGAACAUCGAUGGCACCAACUACGUCAGCACCACACGCAACCAGCACAUUCCUCAGUACUGUGGCUCCUGCUGGGCACAUGGCAGCACCAGUGCCAUGGCAGAUCGCAUCAACAUUAAGAGAAAAGGAGUGUGGCCUUCAGCCUACCUAUCUGUCCAACAUGUGAUUGACUGCGGUGAUGCAGGCACCUGCCACGGAGGGGAUCACACUGGCGUUUGGGAGUAUGCUAACACACACGGCAUCCCAGAUGAGACUUGCAAUAACUAUCAGGCUAAAGACCAAGACUGCAACUCCUUCAAUCAAUGUGGCACCUGUACCACUUUUGGAGUGUGCAACAUCGUAAAAAACUACACUCUGUGGAAGGUGGGAGAUUAUGGAGCGGUGAGUGGAAGGGAGAAGAUGAUGGCAGAGAUUUACGCCAGGGGACCGAUCAGCUGUGGUAUAAUGGCUACAGCCAAGCUGGAUGCAUACACAGGAGGCCUCUACUCUGAAUACCAGGACGAACCUUUUAUCAACCACAUCAUUUCAGUGGCAGGAUGGGGUGUAGAGGACGGUGUUGAAUACUGGAUUGUGCGUAACUCCUGGGGAGAGCCAUGGGGUGAGAAAGGCUGGCUCAGGAUUGUGACCAGCGCCUACAAAGGAGGAAGCGGCAGCCAGUACAACCUGGCAGUGGAAGAGGACUGCAUGUACGGAGACCCAGUUGUCCCUAAAGCCUACCUUUAGAUCACCUCAACGUCAAAGUGUUGCUGGAGUCUCACGUCUUCAUAUCAGGCCACAGGGAAGCUUUUUAUACAUCUUUAAAGGGAUUAAAUUCAGGUUUUCUUUUUGUUUUUUAGAUUUUUUUUAACCUCAAUGCCAAGGUCAUCCAGCUGGAUGUGAAGAGGUGCUUGCAUCAAUGGAGAUUAUCAGAUUAUACCACUAGAAGAUCUUGAGGCUGUUUAAACGUUAGGAACUUUUGUGUUUAGCAGUACACAUCAUUUCUAUGCAGAAGAAAAAUUUAAGCUGUAUGUUGAAAAGCCCUUUAAAGCUGCAGUUUAACAUCAAGAAAAGUUUUCAGUAGUGCUUUGUAAAUCAGGGGUGCCCAAGUCCGGUCCUCAGGAUGUACUAUCCAUGUACUAAUACCAGGCCGCUGCAGAGCUGAAUGACAUGCGGAUGAGGGAAUUCAGCCAUUUGAUUCAGGUGUUGGAGAAAGGUUGCAUGUAAAAGUUGCAGGAUAGUAAAUUUUGAGGGCUAGACUGUGGGCAUCCCUGUUGUAAAUGAUUAUACUCAGCCAAAGCAUGCUGUGACACUUAAUGUUCAGUUUGUCUUGUCUGAUAUUGCACAAUAUGGCAGAAAAAAAAUAUCUCUGAAUGUGCCUUAUAAGCGCUUAUAAAUUAAUGUAAUAUGCUCUUUUAUUCAUGCUGAAGUCUGCACCACAAAUUUAAAAAAUUGUUUUUGCCAUAAAUUGUGCCAAUAAACACUUUAAGCUA